AUGCGUCUCACAAUCGACAACAUCAACCCCAACAUCCGGGAGGCCAAGUAUGCCGUCCGCGGUGAGCUUGCGGUCAAGUCUGAGGAGCUCAAGGCCCGCCUGGCCAAGGGCGACAAGUCCCUCCCCUUUGACGAGGUCAUCAACGCCAACAUCGGCAACCCGCAGCAGCUGGACCAGAAGCCCAUCACCUUCUUCCGCCAAGUCCUCAGCCUGGUCGAGAACCCACAGCUGCUCGAGAAGGAAUCGGUCCUGAUCGAUGCCCUAGGCUACAAGUCCGACGUCAUCGAGCGCGCCAGGUGGCUCCUCAAGAGCGUCGGUUCCGUCGGCGCCUACAGCGCUAGCAACGGUGCUCCUGCUAUCAAGGAGAGCAUUGCCAAGUUUCUCGAGAGACGCGAUGGCUUCCCCGCCAACCCCGCCAACAUCUACCUAUCGGGCGGUGCGUCUUCCGGAGUCAACACGCUUCUCAACACCAUCUGCGCCUCGCCCAAGACGGGCAUCUUGAUCCCGAUCCCCCAGUACCCGCUGUACACGGCGACUCUGUCGGUCCUCAACGCCACGUGCGUCCCGUACCACCUGGACGAAUCCAACAGCUGGCGGACGGACCUGGAGACGAUCCGGGCGUCGUGCGACAAGGCCAAGGCCGAAGGAAUCGACGUGCGGUGCAUCGUCAUCAUCAACCCGGGAAACCCGACGGGCGCGUCCCUCCCGGACGAGGAGAUCCGGGCCCUGCUCGACUUCGCGCGCGAGGAGAACCUGGUGGUCAUGGCCGACGAGGUCUACCAGACCAACGUCUUCGUCGGCAAGUUCCACAGCUUCAAGAGCAUCCUGCGCAGCAUGCAGCAGGAGAGCCCGGGCGUCUACGACCACAUCGAGCUCGCGUCGCUGCACAGCGUGUCCAAGGGCAUGGUGGGCGAGUGCGGCCACCGCGGUGGCUACUUCGAGCUUGUCGGCUUCGACCCCGAGGUCGAGGCCAACAUCUACAAGUUCGUAUCCAUCAUGCUGUGCGCCCCCGUCAUCGGCCAGUGCCUGGUCGAGCUCAUGGUCAACCCCCCGCGCGAGGGUGACCCAUCCUACCCCCUCUACCGCCGCGAGUACGACUCCAUCUUCGACAGCCUCCGACAGCGCGCCACCGCCCUCCACUCCGCCUUCUCCCAGAUGGAGGGCGUCGAGUGCGCCGAGCCCCAGGGCUCCAUGUACCUCUUCCCCACCAUCAACCUCCCCAAGGGCGCCGUCGCCGCCGCCGAGAGCGAGGGCCGCCACCCCGACGAAUUCUACUGCAUGCGCCUCCUCGAGGCCACCGGCAUCUGCGUCGUGCCCGGCUCCGGCUUCGGCCAGAAGCACGACUCUCUCCACUUCCGAACCACCUUCCUCGCCCCCGGUACCGAGUGGACGAACCGCAUCGUCAAGUUCCACAAGGAGUUCAUGGACAAGUAUAGGUAG